AUGCACUCUGUAGAUUCUGCAGAGUCGCCUAAAAAUUGGGAAAGCGAAUCUCCCAACAAAAAUUGGAAUAACAACGUGUCGGAGUCGUCGGAUUCGGAAUCGUUCAAACCUUGGGAAAACGCAUCCUCGACACCUCCGAGACCGUGGACUAAAAGGCCGGACACUCCUCAACAAAAAACUUGGAUAAAAAUUCCUUCGAUCAUCGAUUUGAAUUCGUCACGUAAAUGGGAAAUGCCGAAGAAAUCAUGUUCGCCCGAGGUAUUGACACAUUCGUGGUCUCCACAAAAACUUCCUGAAACGCAAAAAUCAUGGUUAAACAUUCCGCAUCCGGAUUCUCCGAAACAAUUAUGGACGUCAAAGGUAGAAAAUUCCAAAAACUGGGUUCCUAUUAAUUUACCAAAGUUAAACAAUUGUCACAAAACGUGGAUGUACAAUGUUAAAAAACAAGAAAACGAAACCAAACAAGAUUGGAAACUUCAAAAAAACCCAGAAUCUCAACCCUGGAUUGAAAAUUUUGUCAACGGUUCCAAAAAUUGGAAUUCGCCUAAUCAGAAAAGAUCCAAUUCUCCCGGUUGGAACGUUUUCAAUCAAAAAACAAUAGAACCGAUAAAAACCGAAAUUGAUUUAUCUCCAAACGCGGAUAAAGCUUCUACCACCACCACCACCACCGCUACUAUUCCUACUACUACUACAACAACCACGUGGAAAAAAUCGGAAACGGCAACAAAUCCAAACGAUCAUUUGGAAAUGAAUUACAAUUGGAAAACUGAAAAGAAAAUGGGCGAAGAAUUAAUAAAAACUCUCAACGUGGAACAUUCAUCAACGGCAUAUUCAAUGGAAUCAUCAUCUCAAAAUUGGUUGAUAUCUCCAAAAAAUUUUAUCGAUAACAAACAAACCUGGACGGAAGGUCAAGAAUCAAUAAGAGAAACAAUUACCACCAUCACCACCAUCACCACCACCAACACCACUACCACUACCACGUCUACCACUUCGGCAACGACCAACACAACUUGUUCAAACACUUACUCAAUUGUUAAAACUCCAUUAAAUUUGGUUAUGAUAGGUAGUCGAUAG